AUGGCCACGAAAGUCGCCGCGCGGGAUAUGUCUGAGCCUGUCGAUCAACGCUUCCGAGGGUUUCCCGAGGAUAUGCGGUCUCGGACCUGGGACUCUCCUGGCCAGGCCGCUUACGACUUCCGCUCCGAUUAUGUUACUUCUCCCAACAUCGCCAUGCUGGCGUCGAUCAUCAACACAAGCCUGCUAGACGAUGUCAUGAAGGAGGACCCUACCACCAACUCUUUCCAGGAGUUCAUAGCCCAACUGACGGGUCAUGAAGACUCACUCCUGGUCAUGUCUGGAACCAUGGGCAACCAGGUGGCGCUUCGAACCGCCCUGCUGGCCCCACCCUAUAGCAUUCUCGCCGACAGUCGCAGCCACAUCAUCGGCAUGGAGGCCGGUGGCCCGUCGACGCUGUGCGGAGCCCUCAUGCAAGGCGUCACUCCGUCCAACGGACAUCACCUCACCCUCGAGGACGUGAAGCGGCACGUCACGCUCCGUGAGGAUGUGUACGACUGCCCCACGCGAAUCAUCAGUCUGGAAAAUACGCUCUCCGGAACCAUCAUGCCUCUGGAGGACGUGCGUGCAAUAUCAACCUGGGCCCGGAGUCAGGACCCGCCCAUCCACAUGCACCUCGACGGGGCGCGGUUGUGGGAGGCGGUGGCGGCCGGCGCCGGCACCCUCAAGGAGUACGCUACCUGUUUCGACAGCGCGCAGCUGUGCUUCACCAAGGGUCUGGGCGCCCCCAUUGGAUCAAUAGUCAUCGGCAACAAGGCCUUCAUCAAGCGGGCCCGCUGGAUGCGCAAGUUGCUGGGUGGAGGCAUCCGCGCGGCCGGCAUUGUGUGCGCCCCGGCCCGGGUGGCGGUGGAGCAGAUCUUCCUGGGCGGACGCCUGCGUGCGAACCAAGAAACGGCAAAGAGACUCUCCAAGCUGUGGGUGAGUCUAGGCGGGAAGCUUCAGCAUCCGACCGAAACCAACAUGAUAUGGUUGGAUUUGGAGGCCGCAGGAAUUGACAAGGAGCAUUUUGCGGAUCUGGCUGAGAAUGCAGGCGUUAAGACCAUGCGGGGUCGUUUGCAGGGCCGGCUGAUCAUUCAUUACCAAAUCUGUGAUCGUGCCUUGGAGGCCUUGGCGAAUCUUUUCGCGGAGAUUCUGAAGGCAAAGCGGGAUUAUCGGCAGAAGUGA